UUUCCCCACAAUCCUUCCUCCUGAAAAUUGCUUCUUCUUCCCUCCUGCCCACCUUCCGGACUUUCCCGUCUCCCCAUCCGCUGAAUCGACCCCACCCUUAAUGAGUGUAUGAAGUAUUAGGUCCUUUGUUUGGACUUCCGUAUGUGGGUCCCGCAAUAAUACUCCCCCAACCUCCUGUCUCCCUCGACGUCUCUUGAGGGCCCACUCUCUCCGGUCAGAGAAACUGCGAGGUCUAGCGGGGCUCCCUUCGUCUGGCUUCUUGUGUCAAUACUUGGCCCGUUCGAUAACGUUCAAACCCCGUCGAUCCGACUUCCGAGAUAGGAGGAUCAAGGGACUCUCAAACUACUUACGACCCUCCUCACCGGUCAGUGGAGACCAUCCAGCGAAGAUUCAUGGCGAGGGAGUCUACAGCCCCAGACCCUUCGUUCCCUCGCCUCCUGCAACCUCAGGGCUCCAACCAUACCCCUUCCGGUCUCCCCGCUUCCCGGCCAUCGUCCACGCCCUUCCGCUUGGACGAGGGCUACUCCGACGAAACCAAGAGUCUGCCCGACAAAGAGCUCUUCCCUGCGCCCACAAACGAUGGGAUGACCGUACCUGGUUGGCUUCUCGCAAACAGCGAGGAAGAACGAGCCGAGCUCGCGUAUAAUCUCCUACGAACCGUACGCACCUCCACUGUGGCAGCAGUCGUCGAUCGCCUGGCCCCCUUACUACACAUGGACCCCGUCUUCAAGCUCCCCCCGGAGAUCACCUCCGAGAUCUUCUCCUACCUCGACCCGCACACCCUUCUCACCGCGUCGUUGGCCUCUCGCGCGUGGCGCGGUCGGAUCUUUGAUUCUCGCCUGUGGAGGGACUUGUACAUCGGAGAAGGAUGGCGCGUCGACAUCGAUAAAAUCCACUCGUUCGAGCAGGCGCACUCGGGGCUUCCGUCGCCCCAGUCCCGCAAAUCGCGCCCACGACAUACCGACACGGAUUCGGAAGAACCGAAGCAGAAGAAGCGGGUGCCCCCGAGCUGGCUGGAUUCACGGAGCACCGACGCGUCGCUCCAAGACAAUGGGCCGCACGCGAUGGCGGAAGCGGAUACAGAGGGGGACUAUCACAUGAGCGACGCGUUGAUCGACCGCAGUUUCCCAAGCUCGGCGGAAGACCAGUCCCUAGGACGUACCGGCAGCAGUAGCAGUAGCAGCAGCAGUCGCGAUUCGCAGUCGGAGAUCAUGCGGCCCAUGACGGACAGGUCCACGUCGCCAACAUCCAAUCUCCUCCUUCGUUUCAACAGUCUCACCAAGAUCAACUGGCCCCAUCUGUACCGUCAACGGAGGCGCCUGGAAGAGAAUUGGAACAAGGGUCGCUUUACGAAUUUCCAACUGCCGCACCCCGCGCACAUGGACGAAGCUCACCAGGAAUGCGUCUACGCGAUCCAGUUCUCCGGCAGGUGGCUGGUCAGUGGAAGCCGCGAUCGGACCGUGCGAGUCUGGGACCUGAACACCAAAAGGUUGUUCUACCGGCCUCUGGUCGGCCACACGAAAUCGGUGCUCUGCCUCCAAUUCGACGCCCGGCCGCAGCAGGACGUCAUCAUCUCCGGCAGCAGUGACAAGAAUGUCAUCAUCUGGCGCUUCUCCACCGGCCAGAAGAUCCACGAGAUCGAGCGGGCGCACAAUGACUCGGUCUUGAACCUCCGGUUCGAUGACCGGUUUCUCGUCACCUGCUCCAAGGACAAAUUGAUCAAGGUGUGGAACCGACGCACCCUCGCACCGACGGACCCGGAUUAUCCAGUGACCUGUCGGAGUUCCGGCGUCACUUACCCGUCCUACAUUGUCGACACGAGCGAGAUCCCGUCGCCCAUCCUGGAGGCGCAGAUGGCCCGGGACCACAUCCGGACCUUGGCGCCAUACGCUCUCCUCAUGACCCUAGAGGGACACGGGGCGGCCGUCAACGCCAUCCAGAUCAGUGACGACGAGAUCGUCUCCGCGUCGGGCGAUCGGCUGAUCAAGAUCUGGAGCCUCCGCAGCGGCGCGUGCAAGAAGACCCUGGUCGGCCACGAGAAGGGCAUCGCCUGCGUGCAGUUCGACAACCGGCGCAUCAUCAGCGGCAGCAACGAUGACUCCGUGCGCAUCUUUGACCACGUCUCGGGCGCCGAAGUCGCCUGUCUCCGGGGCCACCUCAACCUGGUCCGGACCGUCCAGGCCGGGUUUGGGGACCCCCCGGGCGCCGAGGAGGCCAUGCGACUGGAGGCUCUGGCCGUCGACAACCAGUUCUGGGACGCCCACCGUGCCGGCGCGCCGGUGGACCUCGGCCCCGGAGCCCUCCGACGGGCGGGUCACACGCAGAACACGGCCGGGUCCCGAAACCCACGCGACAUCAAAGCCCUGGGUGCCACGAUCCCACCCGGCGGGGGUGGCAGCAAGUGGGGGCGCAUCGUCUCGGGCUCGUACGACGAGUCCAUCAUCAUCUGGAAAAAGGACAACGAGGGCCACUGGGUAGUCGGCCAGCGCCUGCGCCAAGCCGACGCCGCCGACAACAUUGCCAAUACGCACCUGGGCGCGGCUCACGGUCCCGUCCGCGGCAACGCCUUCGCCCAGCAGGCUCAGGCCCAGGCCCAGGCCCGGGCCCAGGCUCGCGCUCAGGCGCAGCGAGCAGUGCAGGCUGGUGCUUCCACGCCGACACUCCAUCCCGCAGUCGCCAGCAUCCCCGCCCCAGCCGUCCCCGCCGCCCGAACCCGCAUCUCCAACCCCAGCAGCACGCACCGGUCCCCGACCUCCCGCGUCUUCAAGCUCCAGUUCGACGCGCGCAAGAUCAUCUGCGCCAGCCAGGACCCGCGCAUCAUCGGGUGGGACUUUGUCGCCGGGGAUAACGAGAUUGAAGAGGCUUGUCAGUUCUUCAAGGGGUUAUAG